GCACGGAGUCACCUCUGCGAGCCGGGUGACGCGGGGAGACGCUCCCUGCCUGCAGCAGCUGAAACAGCCGCUAGCACGGCUUGGAUUUUGGAUAGCCCAGGCAAUUGGGGAUGUCUGGGCCCGUUGCUAGGCCCGAGUGUUUUGUAGUUGGGAAAGAUCUUUCUGAAUGUUACCUUUGGGUUUUCCUCCCAUCAUUGCCUUCUAGAGCCUUUUAGGAUUAAACAUUAAAAAAGAAAAAAGGGGGUGGAUUAGUGUUUAAUAAAGCAUAUUUUCUUUGAGAUUGUCCUAUUUGUGAAUAGCAGGCUUUUUUAUUCCUUUUUUAUUCCAGAUGGCAUCUGCUGAAAACAGUACUCCUGUAUCUAUGAGGAUGACCAGAGGGAGGAGUAAAGCAAUUUGCAGGCCGGAGGUCAUUCCUGAAUCCCAACUUGAAGAGCUGGAACAUGCAGAAGCAAAAUCAGAUGUCAGUGAUACUGUAGAGAUGCAAAUAGCUAGAAAUCAGGGCAAAACUGUUGCAAAAUCAGUUGCUGAACCGCAAGCUGAUGGGGAUGUGUCUGAAACUGAAUCGAAUUGCUCUUCUGUGUCUGGUCUUCAGACACCAUUGAUCAUAAGGGUGACAAGAAGACGACAGAUAGUAGUUCCUUAUCAGCCAGAUUCUCCUGCCAAAAGAAGGCAAGACAGGACAGCUUUUCUAAAGGAGUUAAUGAACACUCAGGAUGAAGAUGAUGUCUCUGAAGCAGAGUCUUGUUCUUCUGCUGUUUCUGGUGUCCGAACGCCUAAUGUCACCAAAAGUACAAGAAGCAGGCAAAGGAGAAAAAAAGUGCAAUCAGAACCAAUUUUUGAAGCCCAAGGCGAAGAUGUUUCUGAUGCAGAGACAUGCUGCUUUCUUACAGAACCAUCUGUCACUACCAAACGAAUUACUAGGAGUAUGCAGAUGAAGUCACAAAAAGAAAAUGCUGAGCAGAUUGAGAAAGCAAAUAAAAUUGCUUCCGAAGAUCAGAUAUUAAUUGAAGACACAGCUAAAUUGGAGCCAACAACACUUUCUAGUUCUGGACCUGCUGCAAAAUGCCUCUCUGAGGCAGAAGACUCUCUUGCUCAGGGUGAUAAAGAACCAAGUCCUCUUAGGAGCAAACAUUCUCCCAGAUCUGCUAAUACAACCCUGAGUGAAGAUGUGAAACAAGAUUUUUUGAAUGACACAACACCCAGCAGUCCUGCAAAAGUAACACAAAGAAGUAUCACAGAAUCGCCUAGAAAAAACGCAGUAAAGGAUAUACAAGCUAUUGCUGCAGAUGGUUCAAAGGAAGUAUGUAGCCAAGUACAAGAAAAGUGCAAUCAAAUAUAUAUGGCAGGGGAGGAACCAAAGAGCAUGGAUCUUGCUUUGACUGACCACACGAGUGUCAAACAAUCCUUAAAAUCCCCAGGGCAAGUAACACCAAAUAAAAGCAAAAAAGAUCUCCAGCAGGAAGGAGCAGAUAAUGAGGUAGCUGUACAGGAGUCUUUCAACCAUGCUGAUGAAUUGAGUGUGGAUAAGCCAUGUGAUGUAGUGAGCAGCCCACAAAAGGAGAAGGCUAUUGCACAAGUGACUGGUAGCAUUGGUGGUGAAUCCAGAAUGCUUGAAACUGGGGGAGACAGUGAUGAAAAUGAAACGGGACAAUACAGCGAACCUGAAUCACAUGGCAGCGGAAGAUCUAACAGCAAAAAUGAUUCUUUCACAUUAUUUCUGAAUAAAGAUGAAAGCGAUGAAUCUGAGAAUAGUGAUAUAGCAGACACAUGUAUAGAGGAAGAGGAACUGAUUAACACUAGAGCAAAUAAGAGAACACCUUCAUUCAAAAAAUCUUUAAAAGAAGAUACACUCCAUGCCGAAGGGCUUUUUGUAAUCGAUACUGAGCCAGGCAUGGGUUCUAGCCAACAGUAUUACUUAGAUCGGGUAGACCUGGUUAGUGAUGCUGGAACUGAGCAUGAAGGAGGUGCAAAAGGUGAGGAAUCCUCAGAUGUGGAAGAUGCUGAAGAGGAUUUGAUAGAUGAAGAGGAGAAAGAUAAACAAGAAGUAGUGUUGCAAAAUAAGAAGAAUGUUUUACAUCUGUCCAGCAGCAUAGAUCCUGGUUUGAAUAUUAAGAAGCUUGGAGGUUUAUAUAUUAGCUUUGAUGCAAAAAAACAAAAAUCUAGAUCAAAUGUGAUUAAGCAACUGAAGGAGAAAAAGCAGGAUGAGCUUCUACAGAAGAGUAUAAUAACUCCAGAUUUUGAAAAAAAGGAAUGUGUUCCACCCUUUAGGGAGUCCCUUCACCAGCUGAAGAAACAGCGCAAGGCAGAGCGAGAGAAGACAACAGGUGAUAGUUGGUUUGGUAUGAAAGCCCCAGAAAUCACAAGUGAACUGAAAAAUGAUCUCAAAGUUUUGAAGAUGAGAGCUUCGUUGGACCCUAAGCACUUUUAUAAAAAGAAUGACAGAGAAGGUUUACCAAAAUAUUUCCAGGUUGGAACUGUGGUUGAUUCUCCUGUAGACUUUUACCACAGUCGAAUCCCCAAGAAACAAAGGAAGAGAACAAUUGUUGAAGAGUUGCUUGCAGAUUCUGAGUUUAGAAGAUAUAAUAAAAGGAAGUAUCAGGAGAUCAUGAGUGAAAAAGCAGCUUUUGCAGCAGGGAAGAAGAAUCGGAAGAAGAAGAAGUUUCACAAUUAAGACUAUUAAGAAGUUUCACAAUUAAGACUUGAAGAAAAAUAACAACCUGGAACAACUUGUUUGUUAUAAACUAUUUUACAGAAUGCUUACUGGUGUUUUUGUUUUCUUGAUUGUGUAAAUUGAGGUUUGGGGAAAUUUUUGUGCCUGGGCAUUUGUAUAGAGGUCUUUUUUUAGGUACCUUUAUCAGGUAUCUUAAAGUGGAUUUAUGUGAAAUACUUAAUGUUAAGUUAAAAAGAUGAUGACUUGAAGGCGUAUUAUUAAUCUAAGCACUUAAUUCAAUUUAAUGAAAUCGGGUCCACUGAGCUUUCAGUCUUCAUUAACUCAGGCAUGAAUGGAUUAGAAAGUUCAGCUUGUUCAAGUAGUAUUCCA